GGGAGGCGGCAACGACGCCUGCGCAGUGUGACUGGGAUGGCGCAUUUUCUUGCAUCGAGUAAUGCGGCGUUGCUAGCUGCUGAGGGCGGAGAGUUCUGGGGUGAAGUAGUAGGAGGGAUUAAUGUAGGAGUCGAAAGGACCUUUGAUCUGAACUACAAAGAAGGAAGUUGAUGCUGGAUACUUCUACUCCUGGACUGGCAGCGGGAAUUCGUGAGAUCACCGAGGAACUGCCAGAAGAGUUGUUGGAAAUGUCUGUCAGGAGCGAGCUUUCACAGUUUGAAGAUCCGAGAUUAGAAAGAUCAACUUUGAAAUUUCAAAACAAUGGAGAAGACUCAAGAAAAUGUCCAAAGAAUUCUUCUAGAACCCUACAGGUACUUACUUCAGUUACCAGGUAAACAAGUGAGAACAAAACUUUCUCAGGCAUUUAAUCACUGGCUGAAAGUUCCAGAAGACAAACUACAGAUUAUCAUUGAAGUGACAGAAAUGUUGCAUAAUGCCAGUUUACUCAUUGAUGAUAUUGAGGACAAUUCGAAACUCCGACGUGGCUUUCCUGUAGCACACAGCAUCUAUGGAAUUCCAUCUGUCAUCAAUUCUGCCAAUUAUGUAUAUUUCCUUGGCUUGGAGAAAGUCUUAACUCUUGAUCACCCAGAUGCAGUGAAGCUUUUUACCUGUCAGCUUUUGGAACUCCACCAGGGACAAGGCCUAGAUAUUUACUGGAGGGAUAAUUACAUUUGUCCCACUGAAGAAGAAUAUAAAGCCAUGGUGCUGCAGAAGACAGGUGGACUAUUUGGAUUAGCAGUAGGUCUCAUGCAGUUGUUCUCUGACUACAAAGAAGAUUUAAAACCACUGCUUAAUACACUUGGGCUCUUUUUCCAAAUUAGAGAUGAUUAUGCCAACCUCCACUCCAAAGAAUAUAGUGAAAACAAAAGUUUUUGUGAAGAUCUGACAGAAGGAAAGUUCUCAUUCCCUACAAUUCAUGCUAUUCGGUCGAAGCCUGAAAGCACUCAGGUGCAGAACAUCUUGCACCAGAGAACAGAAAACAUAGAUAUUAAAAAAUACUGUGUCCAGUAUCUUGAGGAUGUAGGUUCUUUUGAAUAUACUCGGAAUACUCUUAGAGAGCUUGAAUCUGAAGCCUAUAAACAAAUUGAGGCAUGUGGUGGAAAUCCUGAGCUAGUAGCUUUAGUGAAGCACUUAGGUAAGAUGUUCAAAGAAGAAAAUUAAUAAUGUUAACCCAUUCUUGAUUGGUAUGUACAACUUGUUUUAUUUAUUUUUUGUCUUUUAAUCUGUGAGCUUUUCAAAUUUGGACCAAAUUCUUAAUAGCCAGAAACAGAAAAUAGAAGUGAAAUGAGUGAAAUUAUUUCAAUGUGUAGAAACCUAUUCAGAUACAUAAUACAAAGUCAAAAGAAUAAAAGGGUGCCACAUUUAUAUAGGUCUAAUUUAAAUGUCAGAACUUCUUAUAGCAAGUCAUUCUGACCAACUGUCCCCUACUACAACAAAUGUUCUGUUGCUCUUGUCAAUAUAAGAAACUUGAACUUCCAGAAAUUUUUAUCUAGAUGCUUCCUUACUACUUUAUAGGCAAUUUCCAAUCAUCUCCAGUGUCAAACUAGUGACUAUGAGACCAGUGUCUUUAGCUAAGCUGCCCAAAGAUCACAGCACUGCUUUAUUGAAUGCUGCUACUAGGAAUAUCUUGGCAUCCUCUCUGGAAGCCCUCUUACUAAAGUCUUCUGGGAGAAGGCUGAACGAAAAAGAGUAACCAUUCAGGUCCUUUUUGCUACUCUCUACCUUUUUUCCCCCCACAAAUCUGCUCUUUUAAUUAAGGAAUCUCUACCUAAUGAAAUUUACAUGCUAGCCAAGUGCUUUUUUCCUUUUACAACAUAUUUCUGUCCCAAACUGAUUAAUAUUCCAUUUUAAAAAGAAAAAGAGGGCUGGGAUUUAGUUCAGUGGUGUAAGCGCCUGCCUGGCAAAUGCAAAGUCAUGAGUUUGAUCCCUGGUACCAAAAAACCCCCCAAAAAUAUAAAAAGAAAAAGAAUGUGUGGAAUAAGCAUUUUAUUCGGGAUCCUUGGGGCCUGGACGUAUUUCCUCACUACUGACAGUGAAGAUCUUUAAAAGGCUGUUUGCGUAUCACCAGUAUAAAAAUGGAGAAAUGCUUAUUCCCUUCUCACCCAGUACCCUCCUUGAAGGUAGUAGAUGUUUAGAUGGAAAGAGAGUAGGCCCAGGCAUGGUGGCUAAUGCCUAUAAUCCCAGCACUCAGGAGGGUGAGGCAGGAGGAUUGCUGGUAGUUUGAAGCCAGCCUAUACUGCAUAGUGAAACCCCAUCUCAAAAAGAUGGAAUAUAAGGUAGGGGAGGAGAGGAGUAAGCAUCUCUGAUCUCUGAAGAAAACCAAAGUGUUAACUCUGUGCCUGACCAAAAGUAGUCAAAGGCUCCGUUGAGCACUAAUUGCUUUUUUAGUGCCUUACCCCUGACCCGGCUAUUUCUUCAAUGUCCAUACCCAAACCACUGGAGCUAUCUGUGGCAGGAGAGAUAAGAAUGGAAAAAAAAAAAAAAAGACUCCCAUAUUAGAAGGGUUGACAUGCUUCCCUUAGAAAUGCUUCAUUUUUAGGGGCUAGGGAUUUAGCUCAGCGGCAUAAGCGCCUGCCUUGCAAGCAGGCAGUCGUGAGUUCGAUCCCUGGUACCGAUAAAAAGGAAAAAGACAAAGAAAAAAAGAAGUGUUUCAUUUUGCUGGAUUGAUUCUGUAAUACAUUGUGUUGAAUCUAAUCACCAUAUGCUUGAACGAGCAACUCUUCCCUGAGCACUAACCUAAAUCUUAAAACAGUUAGAUGCUGUCCUUCUUAGCUUUUAAAAUAAUUUGAAAUUCCUACUUUGACAGUGCUAAAGGAACCACUUAAAAUUCGGGUAUUUGUGCUACAAUAUGGAAAUUUGAACCUGUGUUUAUAAAUUGAUACUUUUGAAAAACCAUGAUUAUUUUUAAAAACCUAAUGUGACUAUAGCAGAAAUUAUUUACCUCUAAUUAUAAAGACUGCUUAAAUAAAAUGUUUUCCUUGCCUAAUCAUAUUAA